AGUAAAAGCAUUCGCUUAUGCGAUUUUGUGAAAUGUCGUUUAAAGUAGCAUUUGCACUUGGGCUUUGCUUGUUAGCAGCCUUCGCUGUUAGUAGCGGCGAGCGCGCACGUUAUGACAACUACCGUGUCUACAGUGUGGUCGCCUCCAGUGUACCUGAGUUGGCUGUCUUGAAAGACUUAGAAGGAAGCAGUGACUCCAUCAUCUUCUUGGAUUAUGUACACAAUAUCAACAAAGAUAUCAAAGUUGUUGUAGCUCCACAUAAAAUUCCAGAUUUCUUGGAAAUUAUGGGCACCAAGGAAAUUGAAUAUAAAUUACUUGAGACGAACUUACAGCAACACUUUGAUAACAGUGAUGAACAAAAAACAACAAGAGACUCAAGCUAUGGCUGGACUUCCUAUUAUCAACUAGAUGAUACUUAUAAAUGGUUGCAAUCAUUAGCUGUUGAAUAUCCUGGUGUCGUGACUUUGAUUGAAGGCGGUAAAACAUAUCAAGGUCGUUCAAUUUUGGGAGUUAAAAUUUCUAAGAACAAUGGUGGUAAACAAAAGCCCGGCAUCUUUAUAGAAGCUGGUAUACAUGCACGUGAAUGGAUUGCCCCUGCUAGUGCAACAUACAUUAUCAAUCAAUUGUUGACUUCAUCUGACAGUAAUUUAAAAAAUAUUGCUUUAAAUUAUGAUUGGUACAUAUUCCCACACGCUAAUCCUGAUGGUUAUGUAUAUACACACCAAAGUGAUCGUAUGUGGCGCAAGACACGUACUCCUUACAAAAAUUGCUUCGGAGCCGAUCCAAAUCGCAAUUGGGGAUUCUUUUGGAAUCAUGUCGGUGCUAGCACUAAUCCAUGCUCUGACACUUAUGCUGGACCAGAAGCUUUCUCCGAAAUCGAAACAAAAUCGUUGUCCAAUUAUAUAGCUUCUCUUAAAGGCAAGAUACAGUUGUAUAUUUCAUUCCAUGCCUACUCACAAUAUCUGUUAUAUCCAUACGGACACACCAAUGAAUUACCCGAUAAUGUUGAUGAUUACAAACAAGUUUUUAACGCUGCCACUGCAGCAAUUAACAAACGAUAUAAUACUAAAUAUACUGGAGGUAACAUUUACGAUGCUAUCUAUCCAGCUGCUGGUGCUAGUGUAGACUGGGCUUACGCUGAAGUUGGUGUAAGAAUGGCAUUCUGCUACGAGUUACGUCCAUCAUCAAAUUCCAUUUUGACUGGUUUCCAAUUGCCCGCUGCACAAAUCAUACCCACUGGUGAAGAAUUAUUGGACUCUAUUGUUGCCAUGAUAGGAAAAGUCGACGAAUUGGGUUACUUUGCAUAAAGUUUUUAAUCUAAUAGACUUUCUGUGUGAUAUGUUUUAAAUACUGAAGAAUAAUUUUGAAAUCGUAAACAAUU